GGCUAUACUAGCAACUGUACACCCAAAAACAGCUGAUAAAGCAAACACUCACCAUUGAAGAGAGAGAAAAUUAAAGCUACAGAGCCCUACACAGCAGCAAGGUCAGCAACAAUCAAUAAUCCAAAAACCUCAAAAAAAGUAAAAUUAUACUCAUAAAUCCCCAAUUUGUAAAAUUAGGGUUUUUUUUGUUUUGUUUUUGUUUUUGUUUUGGUUUGAAGCUUUAUAUACUUUUUUUUUCCAGCUCAUUUCAGUACUUUCUCUCUCCUGUUUUGUUCUCUCUUCCAAAUUCAUGAAUGCAAAAUUUCUGGGUAUUCUUUAGUUUGUUCUAUCAACUCAAUCAGUUUCUGGGUUCAUAAAUAAAGAAGAUGCUGAAUACUCAGAAGAAAAAGAAGAAAUUUCUGCUUUCUGUUCUAUUUUUAUCAGAGAUCUUGAUUACCCACUUCCAAUUAUACUAUCUUCGUUGAAUUCCACUUGAUUUCCCCACUUCCUUUUUUUUUUUUUUUUUUUUUUUCCAACUUUAAUUUACUAUAACUUAUGGUUUCUAUUUAUAUAAAUAUUCCCGUCGCUUUCUGAGAAGAAGAAGAAAUGGGGUUCAUGGUUCUUGAGCUGCGUAUUUUCGUCGCUUUUUAGAUCGUUGUAUUGUAUAUUACAAAAAUAGUAAGGGAGUACUACUAUUUUGGUCAGUUUGUUUUUGGGUGGUAGUAAAUUUUUCUGAUCUUGUCUUGAAGAAAGAUAAACACAUAUUCCUUGUGUUAUCCGCUGCCUCAGUCUAUGUUAGCAGAUUAUCAUCUACGUCGUCUUCACUAGAAAAUUCAAAAAACGAGCACCAAAAAAACCAAAAACAAAAACUACAGAGUUGUUCAUUUAUAUUUAUUUAUCUUUCUCUAGAUUUUAGUUAGUUUCAAAAUAAGAACUGGUUUUGAAGAUGAUGGCAAUGUCCUGCAAGGAUGGUAAAGGAGUAAUGGAUAAUGGAAAGUAUGUGAGGUAUACACCUGAGCAGGUUGAAGCUCUUGAGAGGCUUUAUCAUGAAUGUCCUAAACCCAGUUCACUUCGUCGUCAACAGCUUAUUCGUGAAUGCCCUAUUCUCUCAAACAUCGAGCCUAAGCAGAUCAAAGUCUGGUUUCAGAAUAGAAGAUGCAGGGAGAAGCAGAGAAAAGAGGCAUCACGGCUACAAGCUGUGAAUAGGAAGUUGACUGCUAUGAAUAAGCUUCUUAUGGAGGAGAAUGAUAGGUUGCAGAAACAAGUUUCACAUCUUGUGUAUGAGAAUGGCUAUUUUCGCCAGCAGACUCAGAAAUCUGGUGUAGCUAGUAAAGACACAAGCUGUGAAUCAGUGGUGACGAGUGGUCAACACCAUCUGACGCCACAGCAUCCUCCAAGAGAUGCUAGUCCUGCAGGACUUUUGUCCAUUGCAGAAGAAACUUUAGCAGAGUUUCUUUCAAAGGCCACUGGAACCGCUGUUGAGUGGGUCCAAAUGCCUGGAAUGAAGCCUGGUCCGGAUUCCAUUGGAAUCGUUGCUAUUUCUCAUGGUUGCACUGGCGUGGCAGCACGAGCCUGCGGCCUUGUGGGUCUUGAACCUACAAGGGUUGCAGAAAUCCUCAAGGAUAGGCCGUCGUGGUAUCGCGAUUGCCGAGCUGUGGAUGUGCUUAACGUGCUGCCCACUGCCAAUAGUGGAACCAUUGAGCUGCUAUACAUGCAGCUCUAUGCUCCAACAACUUUGGCGCCUGCUCGAGAUUUCUGGUUGCUACGCUAUACUUCUGUUAUGGAGGAUGGCAGUUUGGUGGUCUGUGAAAGAUCACUUAACAAUACUCAGAAUGGUCCGAGCAUGCCUACUGUGCAGAACUUUGUAAGGGCAGAAAUGCUGCCUAGUGGGUAUCUUAUAAGGCCUUGUGAAGGGGGUGGCUCCAUAAUACACAUUGUUGACCAUAUGGACCUCGAGCCAUGGAGUGUGCCUGAAGUGUUGCGCCCCUUGUAUGAGUCAUCAACAGUUAUAGCCCAGAAAACAACAAUGGCGGCUCUGCGUCAACUGAGGCAGAUUGCUCAAGAAGUUUCGCAGCCCAAUGUCUCUAACUGGGGUAGGCGGCCUGCUGCUCUGCGAGCUCUUAGCCAAAGGUUGAAUAGGGGUUUUAAUGAGGCACUUAACGGGUUCACUGAUGAAGGAUGGUCGAUGAUUGGAAAUGAUGGCAUAGAUGAUGUCACUGUUCUUGUUAAUUCAUCACCCGACAAACUGAUGGCAUUGAAUCUUACAUUCGCUAAUGGUUUUCCAGCUGUGAGCAAUACAGUUUUAUGUGCCAAAGCAUCAAUGCUUCUACAGAAUGUUCCGCCUGCCGUACUUCUUAGGUUCCUUAGGGAGCAUAGAUCAGAAUGGGCUGACAACAACAUUGAUGCUUACUUGGCAGCAGCUGCCAAAAUUAGUCCCUGUAGCUUGCCAGGAGCACGAAUUGGGGGGUUUGGAAAUCAAGUUAUACUUCCAUUGGCACACACCAUUGAGCAUGAAGAGUUGUUGGAGGUCAUUAAGCUUGAAGGUGUUGUCAGCUGUCCUGAAGAUGCUAUGAUGCCAAGAGACAUGUUCCUUUUGCAACUAUGUAGUGGAAUGGAUGAGAAUGCAAUUGGCACAUGUGCUGAACUCAUAUUUGCUCCCAUAGAUGCUUCAUUUGCUGAUGAUGCUCCUCUCCUACCUUCUGGUUUUCGCAUCAUCCCCCUUGAUUCUGUAAAGGAAGCUUCGAGUCCAAACCGUACGUUGGAUCUCGCUUCUGCACUUGAGGUCGGUCCAUCGGCAAACAGAUCUUCAUCUGAUAAUUCUGGUUCUGGUAAUAAUAUGAGAUCAGUGAUGACAAUUGCAUUUCAAUUCGCUUUUGAGAGCCAUCUUCAAGACAAUGUGGCAUCUAUGGCUCGACAGUAUGUUCGUAGCAUUAUAUCAUCAGUUCAGAGGGUGGCCUUGGCUCUCUCUCCACAUUUGGGUUCUCAAGCUGGACUUCGGUCACCACUUGGCAAUCCUGAAGCUCACACGCUAGCUCGAUGGAUUUGUCAGAGUUAUAGAUGCUUCUUGGGAGUUGAGCUGCUUAAAUCAAGUGGUGAUGGUAGUGAUGCAGUCCUUAAGUCUCUGUGGCAUCACUCUGAUGCCAUCAUGUGCUGCUCCUUGAAGGCUUUGCCGGUUUUCACCUUUGCAAAUCAAGCCGGUCUCGACAUGCUGGAAACAACCUUGGUUGCCCUGCAAGACAUCACACUGGAGAAGAUCUUGGAUGACCACGGACGAAAGACUCUCUGCUCCGAAUUUCCCCAGAUUCUUCAACAGGGUUUUGCAUGCCUACAAGGUGGUAUUUGUCUGUCAAGUAUGGGUCGUCCGGUGUCGUAUGAAAGGGCAGUGGCAUGGAAGGUGUUGAAUGAAGAAGAGAAUGCACACUGCAUUUGCUUUAUGUUUAUGAACUGGUCUUUCGUCUAAUAUCAUUAAAUCCGAAGUUAAAACACUUGGAAAAAAAACAGGGUUAUAUAUAUAUAUAUAUAUAUAUAUUUAAGUGACUAUUAAGUAGUUGUAUUACUAUGAUAUGAACCUUGUGUAAACUGAUCUCUAUCUAUGGUGGAAGUUACAGCUAGACAGGCAGAGACGACCUGAAACUGCUUUUCUGUUUAUUUUUCCGGUGACACUUUUCUACA